UUGUGGAAAAGAAGAUGUGGCCCAAGCCUUCCCACAUGAUCGGACAGUUGCACUGGAGCCUCCAGUUCUAACGUCACAUCGCCAUCCUCGCGUCUGAGUCUGUGGAAAGGCGCAAUGACCACGCAAUUCAAGAGCGGACCCGCUUUCGGACUGUCUGCGGAGGUCAAGAGUAAGCUGGCCCACAAAUAUGACCCACAAAAGGAGGAGGAGCUAAGAAUGUGGAUCAAUGAGGUCACAGGCCGCAGACUUCCCGAGAACUUCAUGGAGGGACUGAAAGACGGAGUUACACUCUGCGAGCUCAUCAACACUCUUCAGCCCGGUUCUGUAAAAAAGAUCAACAAUUCUCCUCAAAACUGGCAUCAGCUGGAAAAUAUUGGUAAUUUCGUCCGAGCCAUUCAAGAGUAUGGACUGAAGCCACAUGAUAUAUUUGAGGCCAACGACCUGUUUGAGAACGUCAACCACACUCAGGUCCAGAGCACACUUAUUACACUGGCUGGGAUGGCCAAAUCUAAAGGCUUCCAUUCGAAAUACGACGUUGGAGUGAAAUAUGCAGAGAAACAACAGCGCAAAUUUGAUCCUGAGAAACUGAAGGAGGGACGCAAUGUUAUUGGUCUGCAGAUGGGCACCAAUAAGUUUGCCAGUCAGAAGGGUAUGACAUCUUAUGGCACACGGCGUCACCUCUAUGACCCAAAGACGGGUAUGGAGAAUCCUCUGGACCAAUCAACAAUCAGCCUGCAGAUGGGCACCAACAAAGGAGCCAGUCAGUCCGGCAUGACGGCCCCUGGCACCAAGCGGCAGAUCUUCGAUAAAAAGCUGGACAUGGAGAUGUGCGACACCUCUACCGUCUCGCUGCAGAUGGGCACCAAUAAAGUGGCGUCCCAGACCGGCAUGACGGUGUACGGUCUGCCCCGUCAGGUGUACGACAGCAAGUACUGCUCCAGUCCCGAUGACUACAUCAACAACGGCCAGGACUCAGAGAUGGAUGGAUACCAGUAUUCUGACUAGGAUGAACAGACAACUGCCAGCACACUGCUUUUUUCCAAACUCACCUGCACUGUGUUUAAAAUCCAAAGUCAUGUCGACCAGAAGGAGCAGCUUGAACUGUUUCCUGACAUCACGGUCACCGAUCAAAGCUGAGAACUUCAGUGACUGACCGCUCGUCGAAAACAAACUUAGGACGAAUGUCUUUGGCUCUUUGUCUUUUACACACAUGCUUUUUAUGCUUCUCACUCAUGUAGUUUUAUUAUUAUUAUUUCAGUUUUAUUGAUAUUUUUUUGAGUGCGUCAUUCCCCCAUCUCCUGCAUGGCCCGAUUUUCUUAUAAGAAAAAGUAAUGCAGAUGAUAAAUCUGGAGAUAUUAUUAA